UUGCGCUGUUUGGUUCGUAUUGAGGUUUUCGGAGCUUGCUCUCAGGGGAACAAGAAGCGUCUCGAGAAUGCGACCUUUUGUGUCGGUCAUUUCUGUUUCGUCUCGGGUGUGAUCGUUGCUAGUGUAUUGGCGCGUGUCUGGAGGAGCGAGUCUGGAGCUUCGAUUUGAAUUGUGAUCGUGCAUUGUUGUGAGCGAGAACAGGAUGGCUGCGCGUGAAAGAUCGGUGUCUUUUUGCAGACGAAGUUUUGGUCCUGUUGUGCUUCCUUGCUUUUCUGCCUUAACAACGUAUGAAAGAUUGAGAUUCGAGGGAUGAAAGAUUUAGUGCGUGGCUUGUACUUAACGGAACGAAUUUAUUGCACAGAGUGACGUUGAAAGGUUUUGUGUGCAAUUCUUGUGGAAUAUAUUCAUAUCUUUGUUGGUUGAUCAUUAGGAAUCAGGCCUUGUAAUUCAAACAAUAGAGUAUCGUUUUGUGUCUGAUGAGGAUUGUUAUAAUUGUGGAGAAAGCUUUUUGGUGAGGUUGUUGUUGUGAAGAGUUUGUGAUUUUUGCUUCCAUUUUUUUUUGACGCCUCCUCAUUCUAUUUAUAGCAUUAUAUAAUCGCCACCGUAUUGAUCGGGUGUGGCACAUGAAUAGCCUUGUAUCACCUAAAUCGCUCUCAAUAUUUUCUUGAAAUCAGAUUACAUUCGCACCAUCCAUAACGGAACGUGCUCAUAAUUAGCUCACAAAGAGGAUAACACAUCCUUCAUAGCGAUCAAGUAGCCCAUAGUGGAAGGAAUGGCUGACAGCUACGGCCACAACCCAGGAUCACCAGAGAACGACCCGCAUUCGGACAAUGAGUCUGGAGGGGGGCACUAUCGAGACCACGAUGCUUCUGUGAGAGAGCAGGAUCGUUUUCUACCGAUAGCAAACGUAAGUCGGAUCAUGAAGAAAGCGUUGCCGUCCAACGCAAAGAUCUCAAAGGACGCGAAGGAGACAGUGCAGGAAUGCGUAUCCGAAUUCAUCAGUUUCAUCACUGGUGAAGCGUCGGAUAAAUGUCAGAGGGAGAAACGAAAGACGAUCAAUGGAGACGACUUGUUGUGGGCUAUGAGUACACUAGGUUUUGAGGACUACGUAGAACCCCUGAAGGUGUAUCUACAUAAGUAUCGCGAGCUAGAGGGAGAGAAGACUUCAGUGACUAAAGGUGGAGACCAUUCAGCAGGAAAGGAGAGCAACCAAAGUAAUCAAGGAGGAAUUGGAUCCUUAGGCAUGCCGGGUGGAAUGAUCGGAAUGAAUGGCAGCAUGCAUCAGCAAGGGAUCCCUGUGUCGAUGCAGAUGAUGCAACAGUCGUAUGGGCAUCAAUCUCCUCUGGGGAUGAUGUUUGCUCCUCAUCAGACGAUUCCGCAGUAUCAAAUGUCGAUGCAAUCUGGCAGUAAUCAGUCUCGUGGGUUGUAACAAGGGGUGAAGUUCUGAGUGGGUGUCCGGAGCUGCAGGCAAGCAGGGCUGGAGCGCAAAGGUCGGGCUUCAGGAAGAUGGUCAAUCGCAUGACUAGGUGAAGCGCAGCACGUGAAAUAUCCCCCCCCCCCCCCCCCCCAAUUCUGUGGCGAUACAGUAAUCUGGGGGAUCUCAUGUUUGUGUUGGUAUGUGUAAAAUGAUCAAAAAAGUGGCGUGGUUGAAGUUGGUGGCUCCUUCCACGUGGCGGAGCAGAAGUUGUAAUAUGGGGAUGGACCGCACCUGUAAGACGAAGUUGGGAUUCUAUCGACGUGUGAUUCCUGUGUGCAUUUGCAGGACCUUGGCACCGUUUUGCGUAGUGAAAAUUUUGGUUUUGAGUUGCCUGACUAUUUAUCAUUUCCUCAAUUUGUGUGAAAACGCUUUGUAUGAUGGAGGAGAAGAUAUGAUAAGGUAGUGGUAGGGGUUGAUUUCUAACAAGUUUGAUGGGCUCAUUUUAGGUUGUUCUCUAAGGGUGUGGGAUGGCAGGAAUUAUACUGUCGUCUGUUUUUACUGAUACUGCAGAUCUCUCAGUUUUUUUUUUAGGUUCGUUGAGAGGUCAGUGCCGAACGUGAUGAUCUUUGAACUAUGUACAACACAAUAUUGAACACAAUGCAGUGCUUGGAAGAGUUAGUAGCCA